CGACAGCGACUGCAGCAGCUGCCGCAGUUAAAUUCAACUGGAAGCCUCAUCCCUGAGGGUGGCGAUGAGGCCGCAAAAUCAAGUGGAGAGAGACGGAGUAAAGACGCUCCAUUUCCUACCCUGAGACAAACUUCGUUUCCCUGCUCCUUUAGCCGCCUCUCACAAAUGCCGCCCGUGCCUCUCUCUUCCUUCCACUCACCCCCUCGGCCAGGCAACGGCGAUGGAGGACUGCGUUUGUCUCCUCUGGCUGUCCCUUGUCCUCCAGUGGGACGCCUUCUUGAGUUCUCCUCUCUCUCGGAACGCUUGUGGGGCGACGUUAGAGAGUCAGAGCGCCUUCUGGCCACUGCAGUAGCCGCAGCCGCACUGGAUCGGCGGCCUGGCAGCCUUGCCAACCUUCUUUGCCAAUCAUUGGCAGCAGGUCAUCAAAAGUCAUCCAAUUUCCCUCAAACUCGUAAGUGGUCUCAUCUCGUCGGGCAAUUGAUGAUUUUUAAAAUCGAAAACAUUGGCUUUAGCUACCGCAUUAUGGACCUCAUUUGA